UCCACCUUCAACCCUCUUAAUUCCCCAUCACCCUCCUCCUCCUCCUCCUCCUCCUUCAAUAUCACCCUGAAUUCUUUCUUCCUCCUCCUCCUCCCCCUCGCCCUCCUUCUUCUUCUCUGUGCCAAAAUUGCUGUGAAUUGGUUGAUUGAUUGAUCUAUCUAUAUAUAGAUAUAGAUAUUGAUAUAAUUGUGUGUGUGAUUGAUCGGAGGAGAAGAAGAGGGGAGUCGAUGACGGACCAAUGCUGCGACGAGUUCUUGUCGCGGCCAUGCACGUGGGUGAACGGGCCAAUCAUCAUCGGCGCAGGGCCCUCGGGGCUGGCCGUGGCGGCGGGGCUGAGGAGGCAGGGCGUCCCCUUCGUUGUGCUGGAGCGCGCGGACUGCAUUGCGUCGCUCUGGCGGCGCUGCACCUACGACCGUCUCAAACUGCACCUCCCUAAGAGGUUCUGCCAGCUGCCGCACCUGCCGUUUCCCGACGAGUUCCCGGAGUACCCUUCCAAGUCUCAGUUCGUCGACUACUUGGACGCGUACGCCGCCCGCUUCGAGAUCCGGCCGCGGUUCGGGCACUCCGUUCGAUCGGCCAGGUACGACGCCGCCACCGGGCUCUGGCGAGUGGUGUCCGCCGUCGGCGGCGCAGAGGUGGAGUACAUCGGGCGGUGGCUGGUGGUGGCGACUGGGGAGAACGCGGAGAAGGUAGUACCGGAGCUGGAGGGGCUGGGGGAGCAGUUCGGCGGGGACGUGAGCCACGUGUGCGAUUACAAGUCCGGCGAGCGGUACAGCGGCAAGCGCGUGCUCGUCGUCGGAUGCGGCAACUCCGGCAUGGAGAUCUCCCUCGACCUCUGCGACCACGGCGCCUCUCCCGCCAUGGUCGUCCGCGAUUCGGUCCACGUUCUCCCGAGGGAAGUGAUGGGCAAGUCGACGUUCGAGCUGGCGGUGCUGCUGCUCAAGUGGCUGCCGGAGAGACUGGUCGACAAGAUCCUCAUGGCGGUCGCCUGGGCCGCCCUCGGCAACGUCGCCAAGCUCGGAUUGAAGCGCCCAUCCGUCGGCCCCCUCGAGCUCAAGAACACGCACGGGAGGACGCCGGUUCUGGACAUCGGCGCGCUCGCCAAAAUAAAGUCCGGCGAGAUCAAAGUCGUCCCCGGGAUCAAGAGAUUCUUCCCCGGAAAAGUCGAGCUCGUCGACGGCCAAAUGCUCGACGUCGAUUCCGUGAUCCUGGCCACCGGAUACCGCAGCAACGUCCCCCAAUGGCUUCAGGGAUGCGACGAUUUCUUCCGCAAGGAGGAUGGGCUGCCGACGACGCCAUUUCCCAAUGGAUGGAAGGGGAGCUGUGGACUCUACGCCGUCGGCUUCACGAAAAGAGGGCUCUCCGGCGCCGCCGCAGAUUCGGUGAGGAUCGCCGGCGACAUUGGCGAGGCCUGGCGAGCAGAGACGAAGCUCGCCAAGAGGCGAUCAUGAAUGAGGCCAUGAAUCCUCCUGCUCCAAGAUUCCAUGCAAGUACAGUGCGUUCAGAUGUGGCCUCGGUGUGUGUGUAUAUAUAUAUACACAAGUAUAAAUAGUAUAUGUGAUGAAGUAGAUGAGUAUUUGAGGUAGAACAAGUUUUGAUGAA